AUGAUGGACCCUAUAUUGGCAACGACGCAGCCACCUCCACAUCAAUUGGACACUAUAUCAUAUGGCCUACAACAACAAUCAACAACAUCAACAUCAGUUGGAAAUAUCAAUAUAAAUAUCAAUAUCAACGCACAUAUAAAUAUCAAUCCUGAUCAGCAGUUUGAAACACCAACAAUUAUUGUCGACAAUAGUAAUAAUGGUGAUGAAGUUGUAGCCACAGACAAUAAUAAUAAUGGAGAUGAUACACAACAACAACAACAGCAACAACAAGAUUAUGGCAGUCUGUCACCUGGACGUCUGUCGAAAUCACAGAGUUUCCUGUCACUCAAACUCACUUGGUUUGGCAAUAUGAUUGGACGCAACAAGCGAUUGAAACACUCGACUAGCUUUGGCAGCUACAAGAAUGAUCGCGAUUCAAAUAGUAAUAGUGGUGGUGCUGGUGAUGACUCCAAUCAAUCAUCAUCAAACAAUGAGAAUAAUACUGCCACCUCUAUAUCCUGCUCAGUGCCAACAUCACCUCCAAUGUGUAGCAGCACAACCAAUGGAGGAGGCGACAGCACCAACAACAACAACAACAGCGGCAACAAUAUAUAUGAUGAGAAUCGAUUGAGGAGCAGUAGUAAUGGUCCACGAAGGAAGUCAUCUUUCCGUGGAUUCUUCUCAUUCCUCAACAACAAACCAGAGACUGCUGCCACACCAGCACCAAUCAAGAGUCCAAGACCCAGGAGUCAGAAGCUGAGUAGCAGUCUGAGUUGUGGCAAUUUGCCAACGAUAAAGACAAUGUCCAAGGGUGCAGGCGGCAGUGGCAAUUGUAGUGGACAAGGUAGCAAUGCAGGCAGCAACUCUGGAAGCAGUCGCAAGAUCAACAGAAGUAGCACAUACAGCAAGUUGUUCAGACAGAAUACAAUGAGCAGACUCAAGAAUCAGGAGCGCAACUCCCUCGACCACCCUCUGCCACCAUCUUCAUCGUCAUCCUCCAACACAACUUCAUUCAUCAAUCGAAGCAGUGAUAUGUCAUCCGAUGAUCUAUUGCCAGUUCCAAGGAAGAUGGACGGUGACACAUCAGGAUUCAGCAUUAGCAGUGGUGGUAACAGUGGACUGAGCAGCAGCGAUGGCGCAAAGAACAUCACCCCGACAUUGACAUCAUCUUCGUCCAAGCGUCCACUUCAGCGCGCACAGACUGACAUCAAGUCAUUGAAGAAGGCAGCCUUGGAGCUUGGUGGUGGACAAUCUGAUCAGACGAUCGCCGGCAGUGAUGAUUUGAGAACACCAUCACCCUCAAUCGACCUUGACUCGUGUACUUCAAGCCAGAACAGCUCACCAUCGUCAUCUGGUUCACACACAUGGUCCAAGCCCUCCAAGAUUAAAGUGUUGCUCUCCCGCACAUCAGAGCCACAACUGAGCAGCAGUGGACCGCCUACACCGAAGAGCACCGACAACAUGUCCCCACUGAUGCUCAAGAUUGGCCACCAUCACUGGGGUGGUACGCCACCAGACAGCAUCAGUCUCCAUCAUGUGGUCAACUCCAAUAAUAAGUCUGGCCUGGCACAGCUGGGACAGAGCAGGUCGCAGUCUGAGACCCACAUCCACCGAACAUCGUCCAAAUGGGUGAUGGCUGCGCCAUCCUCACCCCCACCCAACUAUGUGCCUCCACGUCCUUGUGCCUCACCAACCGAUCUGUCACCUGACAACUGUCUCUCGCCAAUCUCAUCAAUGAUCCGUGUCUACUACGUACCCAUACUAGAGGAUGUGGCAUCUCCAUCACAUGCGGACACCGCCAUAACCCUAGCCGCACUGUCCCCACCAACAACCAGUGUGAAUGUGACCGUGACUGCAUCCGUGUCACCAGUGUUCUACACCAACUUUUGGACACAACUUAUAUCCAACGUGACAACCGUCAAGGAGGUGAUUGAGCAACUGUCCACUCGAGUCGAUCGUCCAGUGGAUGGCCUGCGCCUGUGCUGCACGCCCAACAUCUACGACUAUCUGGACGACGACAAGAUGCUCAACACGCUGAGGAUCAAGAAGUUCUACCUUAUGGAGGUGGCCGUCGAGAUGAUCGUGCACGAGCGCGAGAUCGCCCCCAACCUCAGCUCACUGAUCACGGGCAGCGGCGAGAUCCUCAAGGACGCUGCUGGCCAGCCUACGCUCAACGUCAGCAAGAGCUGGUCGCCCAGUUUCUUCUGCAAGUUCUCGACUUCAAACGGUCGCGGAACCACACGCAGUGGCCUGGGCCUGGGUGCCAGUCCUGACUCACUCAGCGAGGACUACCUUAUGGACGAUGACGAGGAUGACGAGGACGACGACAUUGAUCCCAGCCAUCACAACAACAAUAACAACAACAGGGCAGCAUUACAAUCGAGCAGCUACACACCGAUGGGUCUGGCGGCGAGCGUGGAGCGAGGCAACGCCGACCCUCAAGAGGAGCUGUCUGCACAGGCCAAGGAGAAGAUCAAGAUCAUGGACAACUACUUCCGCCACUACUACCGCGAGCUGGAGACAUACCUCGCGCAGCGAAAGAAGCGUAUGGAGAGUCUGGUGCAGGCACUGUCCGACUCGAACAUCAAGGAGAACUCGAUCGCCUACCAGCGAUGUAUCCGCGAGAACAUCGACAAGGAGAGCACGUAUCUGCGACAGAAGCGCGCACACAUCGGACCCAGUGACUUUAGGAAGCUGUCCAUCAUUGGCAAGGGUGGCUUUGGCAUCGUGUACCUGGCCAUCAAGAAGGACUCGAACGAGAUCAUCACGCUCAAGGUGAUACGCAAGUCCAACUACCAUCGCGCCAACCAGAUGACAUCCGUGUCCAAGGAGAAGGAGGUGAUGAUGAUCCCCAACACCUGUCGCGACAACAACUCUCGUCACUGGAUCACUCGUCUACUGUACUCAUUCCAGGAUGCCAACUACCUGUACCUGGGCAUGGAGUACCAUUGUGGUGGCGACUUCAAGUCGUUGCUCUCCAACCUGGUGCGCCUGUCCGAUGACAUGGCAUCAUUCUACUUUGCCGAGAUGAUCUUGGCCAUUGAGUCCCUGCACAAGUUGGGCUACAUCCAUCGUGACAUCAAGCCCAGCAACUUUGUCCUCGACAAGUUUGGUCACAUCAAGUUGAUUGACUUUGGUCUGAGUCGUGAUGGAUUCAUCUGUCACAACUCCAAGUACUACAAUACCUGGAAGAACAUUCUCAACAACAGAGAUGAUCUCAAGUUGCCCAACUUGCCCAAGUUCAAGGAUGCCAGGAAAUAUGUAAAUAGCAAGGUGACUUACUCCAAGGUUGGCUCGCCAGACUACAUGGGCCCAGAGAUGCUCACUGGUAAGGGUUACGACAAUACUUAUGACUACUGGUCAUUGGGUGUUGUAUUGUUUGAGAUGUUGUUUGGUGACACACCAUUCGCCGGCGAGACGGCAGAGGAUGUGUUCAAGAAUAUCAUCGAUUGGAAGAAGGUAUUGGAUUGGGACUACCUCGGCCCAUACUUCUCAGACAAUGCCAGGGAUCUCCUGCAGCGACUGUUGUGCGAACCAGAGAAGCGAUUGACUCCCGAGGAGUUGAAGCUGCAUCCAUUCUUUGAUGGCAUCGACUGGGAGAACAUCAAGAACAUCGAGCCACCAUUCGUGCCACAGGUGCAGAGCGAUGUGGACCUCAGCUACUUUGUCGAUGCCAAGGACAUCAACGAGGAGGAUGGCGACUACGAGGAGGUGGUCGAGGCCGUCACCAACAAUGCAGACAACGAGGAUGCACCACAGGCGCCCGAGGAGCAGGACGAGACAUUUAGAUCGAUGCCCUUUGGUGGCUUCAACUUCCAGCGAUUCCCAUCGAUUGUGGAAGGCGCUCGAGCCAAAGGCCUGAUCAAGUCUUUCUACGUGGAGGAGCGUUGCAUGUCACGCGCGACCAGCAACUCAUCGCUCACCAGUCCGGCCAACAGCUGCACGAGCUCGCCCACUAUCCAGUCGGCCAAUGGACCACGUGUAUUGAACUCUAGCAACAACAGUGCCUUCAACUCUCCAAUGGUCGUCAUGAAUGGCAGUGGUGGAAACAUCCCCACCAUGACGACACCAUCCACGCCCUCUGGAAUGAAUCCAACCAGCCCAACAGCAUCACCAUCCCUGACUAGUCCCUCGCCCACAAUGUCUGGAUACACGCCAAAGAUCCAGAUACUGCGGGUGGGCUCAUCGAUCAAGCCAAAGAAAUAA